UUAGUGUAAAGAUAAAAGUGAAAUCAAUAGUACAGUCCUGAACCUCCUUCCUUUUUUAAAGAGUACUUUUGAAAUAAGUACCUUUCCCCCAAUAUGGUUUGUGUUUAAGUUUUAAUAAAAUCGGGAGGUGAAAGAGAACACGUGAUGGUGUGUUGAUGAGGUGGUCUAAUAGUGAUCAUCAAGCAGGCAAUAAAGACUAGUAAAGCAGUUUUUUAUGGUUAACAUUCUUUAAAAAAGAAAAGACAAUUUGAAGAUACAGAUGGAUUUCUUUUUUUUUAAACAGAGGGUUGAUCCCAUUAUUGCCAAAAUGUGAAUCUAACAUAAACAAAGUAGUAUUUUCUUGUGACAAAUUUACAUUUUAUAGGAGGGAUAGAGAUUUCAGCCUGCCUUUUUCCCCUUAGUAAUUGUGAAUUUAUCACCAAAGGAAUAAACAGAAGUGUUAGGUGGACUGUGCAAGCAAAGGCAAAAAGGUCUAACAUGCAAAGAGCAGAAAAUGGGAAAGCCACCUUUCUGCUGACAGCGAAGUGUUGUGUUGCUGAAACAAUGUACAACUAAACCCAUACACUUGCUUAAGAAUUUUUUUAAGAGUAGUAAGACUAAUCUGACAAUAGAUGAAGCAGCUAUUACACUAAGUAAUCGGCUAAACACUAAUGCUGUCCUAUCUGCUCCCAUGAGAUAAAGAUACCCUAUCUACCACAAAAUAAAAAUACUUAAUUUUCUCACCUUAGAAUUCAGAAGAGAACAAAGAAGCAGCAUUAUCUUAGAAUUGCUCUCUAGUCUGCCUUAGUUCUUUUAUGGAACGAGACAGUCCUUUGAAAGUCCAUUAUGUGGAACAGAAUUUCAGAGAAUAGAUUAUCUGACACUUUGUAAAUCUAUGGGUUUGCUUACCUGAUAUGAGGAUUCAUAGCAGAAAAGAGGUCUGGGGCGAGGGGCUGCUUUUCUGCUCCCAGUAUUUUUUAUUUUGGUAGAUUUAUCAUUUUCAUGAUUUUUUUUUAAUGGAGUAAAAAAAAGGGAUCUAUUUGACCUCUGUUUUCAGAUAUACUGGCAGUUUUCCUUACACUACUAUUCAUUUUCUCAUCUGUUUCUCCUUUUCAUGUUGUGUACUACAAGUUCCCAAGCAACUCAACGUUUGCAAACACAGCUAUGGAUAUACUAUUUGCUUUACAAGUUACCUGGAAAUCCAGGUCUCUGUUUUUUUGUUACUCUUCCCCUCCCCUCUGUUUCUUAAUCACAUAUAACUAACAACAUUUAUGGUUAUGGGUUGAUUUACAAGUUCCUAAGUCUGUGGCUGAUGGUUUGUAGCCUCUAAGCAAGGGAAGAAUGAGUAGUCAGGAACUGGUCGCUGUAAGUGGGAGGGAACAUACAACAAGGUCUUCUACUAUAAAGCAGUUCCCUGCUUCUCGAUUAGCAUGAAUGUUAGUAGGCAGAGACCAAGAAUUCAGGAUGGUUGGUGGCCAGAUACUUGUGGACAGAGAUGGUGUUUUAUUUAGUUUUAUUUUAGAUUUUUUGAGAACUCACCAGCUUUUAUUACCUACUGAAUUUUCAGACUAUCUUAGGCUUCAGAGAGAGGCUGUUUUCUAUGAACUUGAUUCUCUGGUUGAUCUCUUAAAGCAAGAACUUCUGCUACAGCCAAAACUUGGUGCUCUUGGAGGCGCACUUCUUAUGCUGAGAAACACUCAGGCUUUUUUUAGAGUAUUUGGCUCUUGCAGCAAAACAAUUGAGAUGCUAACUGAGAAGACAGUGUUUAUAGAGCAACCUUCAGCACCUACCUGGAGUACUAUCCCUCAGAUGACCUUACUUCCACUGCCUCCACAAAGACCUUAUCAGGACCUGGUUUUCCAGUGUGGCUCUGACAGCACAACUGAUAAACUGGAAUCAACUAGGUAUGUUUCUAUAAAACCUGAUAACCAAAAAUUGGCCAAUGGAACUAAUGUCCUUGGCCUACUGAUUGAUACUUUACUAAAGGAAGGCUUCCGUCUUGUCAGCACUAGAACUGUAUCCUCUAAAGACAAAACUGAACGCUAUAGCUUUGAAAGGAUAAAAAGGCCUCAAGCCGUCGCCGUGAGCAAAACACUGAAACCAGAGACCACCAUCAUGCCAGAGCACACUCAGAAGAAGUUGUCUAUUCUCUUUUAGAGUUAUUAAUGUUUUUCUUGUUUGGAAACUCCAUGUUUGGGGCAUGUAUGUUAGUCAAAUCUAUACUCAGUCUAAUUUUUCAGCCUCAUCUCCUAUCAUGCAUCUGUAUGCAACCACCCCCCAACAGUGCCUAGCUACACUGAACUGCUUGAUGUUCCCUAAGCAAUACUAUGUACUUGGUGCUUUGGCACAUGUUCCUUCUACCUUCAAUGCUUCUUUGCCUUUCUCUUCUACAUGAAGACAGCUUUUAAGAAUGGGUUUUGGAAUUAGACUGCUUGGUUUCUAAUCCCAGCUGUGUGAUUUCGGCAAGUCAUUUAACUUCUUUGAGCCUCAACUUCUUCAUCUAUCAAAUGAAGAUAAUAAAGGUAUCUCCCUCAUAGGAAGGUACUAAUUCGAUGUUAGUGAUAAUGAUGAAGAUGGAUGGUUCACUUUUAAUUGCACCUCUUUUGUGAGGCCUUCCUCCUUCCCCAAGCCUAUUACUCAACCCUUUCUUCUGUAUAGACUUACAUGCAAUCAUACAAACCAAUUUUUCUCAUUUGAAUAUGAGCUCCUUGAUGCACUCAACAGUUUUUAACACUACUCUGUGUAAAAGCACUGUGCUAAACACUUGGUGAAAGCAAUAAUACCUUUGCUGCCCUGGUAGCACAGUGUUUCAGUGGUCAGCUGCUAACCUAAAGGUUUUGGCGAUUCGAACCCACCCACUGACUCCACGGGAGAAAGACCUAGCAAUCCAUUCCUAUGAAGAUUAUAGCCUAGAAAACCCUAUGGGACAGUUCUUUUGCAUGGGGUCACUAUGAGUCGAGGGAGAGCACCUAACAACAAUGUGUAAAAGCACUAUACUAAACACUCAGUGAAAGCAGUAAUCCCUUUGUUACUAAUCAGCACCUAUAUCUGGUGAAAAGCUUUGGAAUAACCUCUACCAACGUUUAAAAUACACGUAUACUUUGACUCGGUGGUUCCUCUUCUAGGUGUAUGUGUCAUUUAAACACUUGGAUAAAUACAUACAAAAGGAACCACUAAGGUAAAGUACACCAUGUACUUUGCACAUAGCAUGGUUAAAAACUGCUGAAGGAAGCAAUUGAGCACUGUUUUUAAAAGUACAAUUCAUUCAUUCAAAAACACUUUUUAAACAUCGGUUGGACAUUAUACUAAGUUUCAGGAUUAAAAAAUGACUAAAGACAAACAUCCUUAUUCUGGAGUUUAUAUUCAAGUGAGAAAACGCAUCAUCAUAACAAAAGAUUAGAAAUAAACUCAAAAGUUCAUCAACAGCAAACUGGUAAAUUAUGGUUCAUACAAUAAAAUAUGAUGCAGCCUUUGACAAGGAUUGUCAAAAUGUUAUUGUGGGAAAAAAAGCAAGGUGCAGAACAAUGUGUAACAUUUGUAGAAAAAGAUAUAUGUACUUUCUCAUAUAUGCAUAGAGUUUUCAGCAAAGAUACAGGUCACCUGUGGAGAGGGAACCUGGUGAGUAGGGUUUAGGUACAAGAGGAAGAUUUACUUUUCUCCAGACCAUGUGGAUGUAUCAUCUACUUUAAGGGGAGGAAGAAAAAAAAGCAACAGCCAUACCUGAAAGAUUUUCUGUGCGUAUGUGUGUUAGAAUGGGAGGGGCAUGACACAGUUUAUCUAUCAUCCCUCAUACCAACACAAAUUUUACUCUACCAUGAUUCCUGUAAAACCCCCGCACUUAGUAAAGAAGUUGCAUUCCAGAAAUUUCUAGUACUUAC